GUAUGUGCGGGACGGUAGCGGCUGGCGUUGCUGAGGAACGCGGCAGCAGCAGCAGCAGCAGCAGCAGCAGCGGCCGCGGGCGCAGCAGCCGGCGCCCCGCCUUCUUCCCUUCCGUGGGUGCCGCCGCGGCGCCGCCGUGAGGGGCCGGCCCGCCGCCUCCUCCCCCUUCCCCGCUCCCAGCCGCGCCGCUGGCUCCCCUGGGGUUCUGCGUCGGCAAAUGGUUGGGCCGGAGGAUGCCGGAGCUCAGGGCGGCGCAGCCUUGCUUCCCUCGGGCCGGGAGGAGGAGGAGGCGCCGGCGGAGGCGGAGGCGGAGGACGACGACGCGGAAGCGGACGGAGAGCGGGAUGGGAGCCGAGAGGGGCGCGGGGCCCGGCUGCAGCGCUACUUGGCUGGCAAGAGGCCGCCUAACGGGGACGCCUGCGGCGCAGGGAGGAUGACCAACGGGGACGCCGGAUUCCUGUUGCUGCCGCCGCCGCCGCCUCAGGAGGGCCCGCUGCCGAUCUGCGACGAGCCUCCGACUUCGGAGCGCGGCGACGAGAAGCUCCACAACGGCGGCUGCGCCUUCUUCCUGCCGGGGGCCCAGAGCGCGGUGGCUCUGGAGGAGCCGCUGAAGAGCUGCAGCCUGGCGGGGGUUGCCGCAGCGGCUCCGGCCAUGUCGCCGUCGCCCUCUUGCUCCUCCUCCUCGGGGAGCCCUUCGCCGGCUUCCGAGGAGGCCGAGAGCUUGUCCUCCCCGGCGAGGGCGCUCCCUUGCCUGCCCUCCCUGGCCUUCAUGGACAUCAACCUCAACUCCCGCAACACCUUUGAGGUGAGCCGCCGCCGCAGCGCCCCGGAACAUUUGCAACCGCAGCAGCCACCCAGCCUCGCCUCCGCCGACGGCGCCAAUGCAGCUGCCGCCGGCCCAGAGGAAGGGGAUCGGGCCAAACGUCUGGGCGUCAUCGCCGGGUCCAGCUUCGCCGAAUUCUUCACGAGGAACUUCUUUACCAAAAAGACAAAGGAACUCAAACCUGCUGUCCACAGUGCUCCUGGCUGGAAGUUGUUUGGAAAAGUCCCACCAAAAGAGAACCUACAGAAAGAUUCCAAAAUAAUUCAACAGGAUGAAAGUUCUGGCAGUGUUGCAUCAGUAUCUACACUCAAUCUAUUAAACACAGGGGAAUAUGAAGCACGAACAGGAAAAGUGUGUAAACCAGCACCCCAAGCAACAAGGCGUAGACACUUUGAAUUUGAGCCACUGUCAACCACUGCUCUUAUUCUGGAGGAUCGACCAUCGAAUCUUCCUGCCAAAUCUGUAGAAGAGGCUUUACGUCACAGACAAGAAUAUGAUGAAAUGGUGGCAGAAGCAAAAAAGAGAGAAAUUAAGGAAGCACAUAGAAGGAAGAAAAUAAUGAAAGAACGCUUCAAGCAAGAGGAGAACAUUGCUAGUGCUAUGGUGAUUUGGGUCAAUGAAAUACUGCCUAACUGGGAGAGCAUGCGUUCUACAAGGAGAGUUCGAGAAUUAUGGUGGCAAGGGUUACCUCCAAGUGUUCGUGGGAAGGUUUGGAGUCUUGCUGUAGGAAAUGAAUUGAAUAUCACUCCUGAACUCUAUGAAAUCUUCUUAUCUAGAGCCAAGGAACGUUGGAAGAGUUUUGGAGAGACUGGUGCUGAGAAUGAUACAGAAGAUGCUGGAGUAUCAGUUGCUGACCGGGAGGCUAGUUUGGAGCUAAUAAAAUUGGAUAUAUCACGCACAUUUCCAUCCCUCUAUAUUUUUCAGAAGGGUGGCCCUUAUCAUGAUCUUUUGCACAGUGUCCUGGGGGCAUAUACAUGUUACAGACCUGAUGUAGGAUACGUCCAGGGAAUGUCCUUCAUUGCUGCAGUCCUCAUUCUCAAUUUGGAAGAGGCAGAUGCUUUCAUUGCCUUUGCGAACCUCCUGAAUAAGCCAUGCCAGUUGGCCUUUUUCCGUGUGGAUCACAGCAUGAUGCUGAAAUACUUUGCAGCAUUUGAAGUAUUUUUUGAGGAAAACCUCCCCAAAUUGUUUCAUCAUUUUAAAUCCUACAAUCUUACCCCCGACAUAUACUUGAUAGAUUGGAUCUUCACCCUGUACAGCAAGUCACUACCCCUUGAUCUGGCCUGUCGAGUCUGGGAUGUCUUUUGUAGAGAUGGCGAAGAAUUUUUGUUCAGAACUGGAUUAGGAAUUCUUAGGUUAUAUGAAGAUAUCCUCCUGCAGAUGGACUUCAUUCAUAUAGCACAGUUUUUAACAAAGCUACCUGAAGACAUCACGUCGGAGAAGCUCUUCACUUGUAUUACAUCUAUUCAGAUGCAGAACAGUAAUAAAAAGUGGGCUCAGGUGUUUGCCUCGUUAAUGAAGGAUAGCAAAGAAGGAGACAAGAACCAUAGUCCAGCACUAAAAAGUUAACUUCAAGUUUAAUGGAAAUAACAAAAACCACUUGGUUGUUAAAGGAUUUUAAACAUCUUCGCAAUGAAAACCACUAAGGAGAAACAGCUUGGGAGACCUAAGAAAGAGACAGUAUUUGACUGAAUGCAGUGGUGGAAUUUGAUAAUCUUCACCCUGCUGCCAGUAUUAAAGAGCUUUUUGUGGGAAGAUUCCUUUUCCCAGGAAGCAGAACAAUAAAGAAAACUUGUGAAACUGAGAAAGCGGCUAAUGCAUAUUUAAUAUUUAAAGUUGAAUGCAAUAAAAUUUGUAAUAACUUUUGUUGGUACUUAAAAUUUUGAGGGAUAACUUUUUUUUAUGAUUACCACAAAGGCACUUUUGGGAGGAGGGCUGGUGUUUAAAGGAAGGCCCAAAAACUGCUACCUGAACCAAACAUUUUGGUACAAAUACCUCCAAAAUUAACCAGUGAAAUCUUUAGGACCAAAUAAAGUUUUUUUUUUUAAUUCAUAUACAUGCUUGCCAGAUAAUAGGAGGCUUUAUGUAUGUCUUACUAAGCUCCUUUUAAACUGCAGCUUCACUCUUCAGCUAAUUGAAUGUAUGUAAGCUAGAACAGAGGAAGCUGCACCUAGUCUUGUCGCAGAGUCAUUGGCAAAAUGUGUUUUGGCCUAAAGGUGGCAGUGGUCAAGCAAACUAUUUGGACCAUGUGCUUGUGCAAGCAACUGAUGGGUUUCAAGAAUUUUGCUAGGUAUGGGCAGCUUGCUUAUAGGAAAAUUGAAUUUCUAUUCCAUGAAAAUCAGAAGAUUUUUUUCCUUGUUUUUUUAAAAUCAAAGUGACUUAUACUUGAUAAACACUAGUAUAAUUAAUAAGCUAGUGACAGUCCUUUUGCACAUUUUAAGCAAUGUUAAUGUUAAAAGUUUUGAGUCCCUGAAUAUUAAACAUUUUUCUCACUUAAAUUCAGAGUUGAAUGGUUUUGAACUGCAGUGUGUGUAAUAAUGAAUAUUUCAAAUGCAGACUGUCAGUUCGUUAUCUUAAGUCAGCACCAUACUGUAAAGGUAACAUAUGGAAGCUCUUCAACUUCCUUCACACUCCAAAAUAUUUUAAAAUGGCUUUUGAACUGGAGGGGGAUGGAAAGGAUACCUCUUAAACCAGAGGUGGACAACCUGGUUCCCUCCAAAUAUUUUGGACUACAACCGUCACAAUUCCUGACCGUUGGCCAUGUUGAUGGGAGUUGUAGUCCAAAGCAUCUGGAAGGUCCCUAGUUGCCCACCCCUGUCUUAAACUCUCAGAGCAGCUAAUGCUUGUUCUUUCUAAGUCCAUUUUGAUAGUAUUAAUGUAAAUAAAAUUGCAUUAUGAUUUUUUUUUUUGUACCUGGUCCCUGUACGUGCAAAUGAAGUCAAAAUUUAUCAUUGAGUUAAAAAAAAAAAGAGUGAGACUGCUUCAGUUGUCAAGUGUUAAAAGAAGUUGCAGAACCUGUUUUAAAGAUUUAAACCGCCCAGAGAGCUUCGGCUAUUGGGCGGUAUAAAAAUGUAAUUAAAAAAAAAAAAGAUUUGGGUUACAGUAUGUUGUAAUAUUUAUGUUGCUAUCAGAUUUAAAACUACACUUUAAUAUUACUUACAACAUACAAUUUGAAGUUCAAAUGUCUUUUUUUUUCUUAUGUAUUUACUUACUUGGUUCCAGUGUAUGUCCUCUAUUUGGGUUCUCUUGUACAGUUUUCUUACUUUUCAAGUAUACACAUGUAUAUAAAUUGUAAAUAGAAGGGAUUUAGCCUUCAUCCAAGACCACUAGUAACAGUUCCUAUGUAAAUAAAACUUGUAAGCAGAA